CAAUCGUCCUAAAACCCAAAACCUCCAACAGAUCCCUACCUUACCUCUUUUUUCUCUACAGUCUACACUUCACCUACGGCCAUGACCUCAUUCGCCGCCAGAUCGAUCCUACGCUCCGCCUCAACAUCCGCCCGAGGCGCCGCCACCAGAAUCUCCGCCGGUGCCAAGCCCAGGGCUUCUCCUUCCCCUUUCCGCGUCUCGACUCAGAAACCCCUUUCCGCUCGCAUUUUCAGGUCGCCUGUUGAGAUGAGCAGCGUUAGCGUGGCGUCUAUGCUGCCGUACCAUACCGCAACCGCCUCUGCGGUUCUUACUUCCAUGCUCUCUGUUGCUCCACGCAGCCACGCUUGGACUCUUGAAGAUCCUGUUCAAGAAGAUAUCAAUGGCAAAAAAAGACUAGGUGAAGGUCGUGAAAUGGAGGUGACACCUAUUGACCAGUUUUGUGCGUGGAACAUUGACGAAAUAGCUGUUAAUAAGUCAGUUGUACACACUUCAGCUACCGCCAUGGCCUCCUUCGCCGCUCGAUCGGUUAUGCGCUCCGCCUCUACAUCCGCUCGAGGCGCCGCCGCCAGGAUAUCGGCCGGUGCCAAGCCCAGGGCUUCUCCUACCCCUUUUCGCCUCCCCACUCAGCAGCCCCUUUCCGCUCGCAUUUUCAGGUCACCUGUGGAGAUGAGCAGCGUUAACGUGGCGUCUUUGCUGCCGUACCACACAGCAACUGCUUCUGCGGUUCUCACUUCCAUGCUCUCUGUUGCUCCACGCGGCUAUGGUUGGACUCUUGAAGUAGCAACCGCCAUGGCCUCCUUCGCCGCCCGAUCGGUUAUGCGCUCCGCCUCUACAUCCGUCCGAGCCGCCGCCACUAGAAUAUCUGCCGGUGCCAAGCCCAGGGCUUCUCCUUCUCCCUUUCGCUUCCCCACUCAGCAGCCCCUUUCCGCUCGCAUUUUCAGGUCACCUGUGGAGAUGAGCAGCGUUAACGUGGCGUCUUUGCUGCCGUACCACACAGCAACCGCUUCUGCGGUUCUCACUUCCAUGCUCUCUGUUGCUCCACGCGGCUACGGUUGGACUCUUGAAGGUAGUUGUUUUAUUUCCUUGGAUACACACAGUUGGGGCACAAAAAGACUAGAUGAAGGUCGUGAAAUGGAGAAUGUGCUCAUGUGUUUCGUGGAAGUUGGUGCUCCUGAAACAACGAUUGCCAUUCGCCCGAGACAAUUUCCGCUUUAUAGUGCACGGAGCUCUUCUUUGAAGAAUAGCUAG